AUGGCCAACCAGUCGAUUCUUCGCAUUUCCAGAGAGAUCAAGCAGCUACAGAGCUGUACGGAUUUGUCUCUUGCAAUAUCUUGCGACGAUGAGGAUUUGCGCAAGGUUCGCGCUCUAAUCUUGGGCCCCCCUGAAACACCAUACCAAUUUGGCUUCUUCGAGUUCUCGAUUACUUUCGGCACGGAUUAUCCAGCAGGCCCUCCCGUUGUCCAGGCUCUGACGACAAACCAGGGACAGUGUCGCUUCAACCCCAACAUCUAUGCUUGCGGCAAGGUUUGCCUAUCGAUUCUUGGAACCUGGCGCGGUAAUCGUGGGGAGGAAUGGUCAUCUGCACAAGGAUUAGAGUCCAUUCUCAUCUCCAUCCAGAGCUUGAUGUCCUCCAAUCCUUAUGAGAACGAGCCUGGAUACGAAUCGACUGCUUCACGUCAAGACAAAGAGGACAUGACGGCCUAUGCGGCUAAAAUCCGCCACGAAAGUAUCCGGAUCUCCGUCAUCGAACCUCUCGAGUUCCUUCUUGGUAUUAAAGCGAACAGUACGGCCAAUCCUACCGAUCAAGAAGGGAAUCAGGACGUCGACGAAGGUAUCUGUAUCACCGAUGUUUUUGCAGACCUGCGUAAAAGGAGGUUCUUAUGGUAUUAUGAUUGUUACAUGCAGUCCAUCACCCAAGGAGAAUCCGAAGUAACGCGCAAGCACAAAUUCACGAGGAUGCCAUUUGAACAUCCCGGAAAUUCAAUGGAUGGACACUUUGAUUACCCUAAACUGCGAAGUCGGCUCAACCAGGUCAAAGAUGCCAUCAUUUUUGAGACUAAUGAUUGGGCUGUACAAGGGAAGGCUGCCCAGGAACAAGAAGCCGGCAUCGCUGCGAACUUGAAGCGCCAGCAUGAACAGAUCGUUGAAAAAUACAAAAAGCACAAAAACUUUACCGUGGAUUUCAAUAUGGUUGACGACAAUCCUUUCCUUUGGCAGCUGACAUACUUUGGUCGACCCAUGACUCACUUGGAUGGUGGUAUCUUCAAUAUCAAGAUCCACCUGAGCCCAAGUUUCCCGGAGGAUCAACCGCGGGUGUUCGUCGAGUCGCCGCUGUUCCAUUAUCGCGUGGCCAAGUGUGGAAUCCUAUGCUAUUUUCCUGCACGCACUGAUGACAUGCGAUGCCAUGUCGACGCGAUCGUGGCAGCCCUCGAAGAAGAAUCUCCUUAUGACCCGCGAACAAACGUGCACCCAGAAGCAAGCAAGUUGUUCUGGGGCUCUCCAGACGAUCGAAAACAAUACAAUCGUCAGCUCCGCCGGUCAGUCGAGAGAAGUGCGGAAUGUGCCUAUGAGUAA